UCUUUUUUGGAGGCCCAGGCUCAAGGCAAAUUCUAAGUUAGGAAAGCAAUGCGAAGGAAAGAAAUUUGAGCAGAGUUAAGGUGGCAGGUCCUCAAGAGGCCCGCGACCCAAUUGGAAGUCCGCUUGCACCUCUGAGCAGCUCAAGUGCUGGUUUGAAGAGAAGUGGAUACUAGAUUUUUACCAACAGCGAGCAUAGGUAGGAGAUGAAACAGGCACAACCCAGAACAGGCCAUCAAAGGGAGGAAAAAUGAUGGAGAGCACAAUGUGUUCUGAGUAUUUUUAAUUGUUUUAAGCUUUUAAAUGAUUUCUUCAAGGCCACGCAGCAGCAGUAAAGGUGUCACCGUAAUUGAUUAAGAGUGCUUCUGCUGACACCCAGAAUGAAGUGGCUCUGUUACUAAUCGAACCGAGAGGGACCACCAUGCCCCCGUUCACAAUCCUUUCCCAGUUCCUUUCUGCUGGUCAUAAAACCAUGCUCAUCAAGCCCACCUAAGGAGGCCAGCAGCCAGCCUCUCGUGGACCCGGGGAUACAACUGCUUUCCAUUCUGCCCAAGAAGAGAGAGGACUCCUGGAAGCCAAGACAGGUUUACGAAGUCCUUCUGGAAAGAGAGCAGCAUCCCGCAGGGAGCAGGCCGAGGCCUGGAGAGGGGACAGCGACAUGGGCUUGAUGGGGGACCUGCUCCGGGCCCGGAACCUGCUGCUGGUCGUCUUCGUCCCACUUCUGCUGCUGCCCCUGCCCAUCCUCCACCCCAGCAGCGAGGCUGCGUGUGCUUACGUGCUGAUCGUGACUGCUGUGUACUGGGUGUCUGAGGCGGUGCCUCUUGGAGCUGCAGCCCUGGUGCCAGCCUUCCUCUACCCGUUCUUCGGAGUCCUUCGAUCCAGUGAGGUGGCUGCAGAAUACUUCAAGAACACCACGCUGCUACUGGCGGGCGUCAUCUGCGUGGCGACUGCUGUGGAGAAGUGGAACCUGCAUAAGCGCAUUGCUCUGCGCAUGGUCCUGAUGGCCGGAGCCAAGCCGGGCACGCUGCUGCUGUGCUUCAUGAGCUGUACCACGCUGCUCUCCAUGUGGCUGUCCAACACCUCCACCACUGCCAUGGUGAUGCCCAUCGUGGAGGCCGUGCUGCAGGAGCUGGUCAGCGCUGAUGAGGAGCAGCUUGGGGCGGGCAGCACCAGCACCGAAGAGGCCCAGCCCAUCAGUCUUGGUGUGAACCACAGCCAGCCUUCCCUGGAACUCAUCUUUGUCAAUGAAGACACGUCGACUGCAGACCUCACUUCUCUGAUGCACAACAAGAAGCUGAAUGGUGUGCCCACAAUCACCAACCCCCUCCAAACAGCAAGCCAACGCCAGGGCAAGAAGCAGCACCCAUCCCAGGAAAAGCCACGAGUCCUGACCCCCAGCCCUAGGAACCAGGAACGGAACCGGAAAUACAGGUCCCACCAUGACCAGAUGAUCUGCAAGUGCCUCUCUCUGAGCAUAUCCUACUCCGCCACCAUUGGUGGCCUGGCCACCGUCAUUGGCACCUCCACCAGCCUCAUCUUCCUGGAACACUUCAACAACCAGUACCCAGCCGCGGAGGUGGUCAACUUUGGCACCUGGUUCCUCUUCAGCUUCCCCAUCUCCCUCAUCAUGCUGGUGCUCAGUUGGCUCUGGAUGCACUGGCUAUUCCUCGGCUGCAAUUUUAAAGAGACCUGCUCUCUGAGCAAGAAGAAGAAGACCAAAAGAGAACAGCUGUCAGAGAAGAGGAUCCAGGAGGAGUAUGAAAAGCUGGGCGACAUUAGCUACCCUGAAAUGGUGACUGGAUUUUUCUUCAUCCUGAUGACCGUGCUUUGGUUUACCAGGGAGCCUGGCUUUGUCGCUGGCUGGGAUUCUUUCUUUGAAAAGAAAGGCUACUGCACUGAUGCCACGGUGUCUGUCUUCCUUGGCUUUCUCCUCUUCCUCAUUCCAGCGAAGAAGCCCUGCUUUGGGAAAAAGAAUAAUGGAGAGAACCAGGAGCCCUCGCUGGGGACAGAGCCCAUCAUCACAUGGAAGGACUUCCAGAAGACCAUGCCCUGGGAGAUUGUCAUUCUGGUGGGAGGAGGCUAUGCUCUGGCUUCUGGGAGCAAGAGCUCUGGUCUCUCUACAUGGAUUGGGAACCAGAUGUUGUCUCUGAGCAGCCUCCCACCGUGGGCUGUCACCCUGCUGGCAUGCAUCCUCGUGUCCAUUGUCACUGAGUUUGUGAGCAACCCAGCCACUAUCACCAUCUUUCUGCCUAUUCUGUGCAGCCUGUCUGAAUCGCUGCACAUUAAUCCCCUCUACACCCUGAUCCCAGUCACCAUGUGCAUCUCCUUCGCGGUGAUGCUGCCAGUGGGCAACCCCCCCAACGCCAUCGUUUUCAGCUAUGGGCACUGCCAGAUCAAAGACAUGGUGAAAGCUGGCCUGGGGGUCAACGUCAUUGGACUGGUGAUAGUAAUGGUGGCCAUCAACACUUGGGGAAUUAGCCUCUUCCAUCUGGACAUAUAUCCAACUUGGGCGAAGGCCAGUAACAUCACCAAUCAGGCCUGACUCAAUUGCACCGCUGGCCCGACCAGAGGAGCUACCGGCACCGAGCAACAUCUGGACCACAGGCAACGAAAGCCAUCAGGAGCUCACUCCUUAGACCCAUGCUGAGGGCACCCCUGCCAGAAGAUUCUGCCAUGUCAAGUGAAGCACAGGAAUUCUUCAACCACAAACACAUGCUUGGCUGUUAGUGUCCACUUCCCUCCCCUCCUUCCUUCCUUAGCACCUCAGCUCAGGAAAACCUACUAGUGUUCUUGCUUGCUUGUAUCUAGUUUUUCUAGUCAAUUCUUUCUGAAGACAGGAAAAGAAGAAAGCCUGUCUUGGUUGCCACUCAGAGGCUAAGCCUCACAAACUAACCAGCCUUACUAGGUUUUAUGUUAUUUUUAGUAUCUUCUUAGGAGUUGGAGGAGAUACCCAAGCCAUUCCACCUCAGCAGAGGGUAAAACCAGUAACAUUUCCUUUAGGGGCAAGUCCUCACCUAGGACUUGAGGCCUAAUAUUAAUCAACUCCUUUCUCUUAAGUGCUUCUAUUCUAAGUUCUCUUUUUUAUGGCAAUCAGUACUCAGUUUUAUCAUUACUUUGAUUCCCUUUCAAGCAUCUCUUUUCCAUAGUCCCCCAUUAGCAUGGCACCAAAUUCCUGUAAAAAACAGUGUUGCCCUUCAGAAUGAGGCUGAUAUUGUUCUAUUUGUCAGAGGAAAGGGAAGUAGAAAAAGGAGACACAUCGAGAUUAGCAUCUCUCCACCUGUUACCAACCACAAAUAUCAUUGCCUUGGAUAAGUGUUGGGAGAGGAAAAACAUUCAUACCUAUCUUAUAAGGGAGACCAAAACUAUAAUUAAGACCACAGCACUAUUGAUGAUAUUAGACUAGCUUGCUUCUGAGUAGUUCCUGAGAAAACAAAGUACUAGGUAGUAGCCAAAAGACCAAACACAACAGUCAUUUCCUACACAUCAAUGAGCUCCUUGAGGGGAGAAGAGAGAUCUCUGUCUCUUGAAUUCUCCCAGCAACUUCUACAAUCUAGUAAGCUGUCACUGCUCAAUAAACAUGUCCUGUGAGAAAAAUUA